GCGGUCAGCUGUUCCGAGGCGGCGGUCGCGGCGGCAGCAACAGGUGGAGCCCGUCUCUAGUCGUUCCCUGUGGUUGAGGUGAACACAUACAGGUUGUGGCGGGCCGGGCAGGAGCUGGUGUGCGAGGCCUUGUUCCCGGAGACAUAUUGGAAAUAAACAUAAUUUUGAAUGGUAGUUGAUUUAUAGAAAAGAAUUACAUGCAUCCGUUAGCAUCUCUUGGGAUUGGAAAAUUGAGAAAACAAUGACCUGAAAGAAUACUGCCACACGCUGGAAAUGCAUGGCGUCCAUCACCUUGAGGAAUGUUCUCUAACAGACCAUAUUUUAGGUAGCGGUGAAAUAGUUUAUCGUCCCCUUGAAGGAGGCAUGGCCCAGGAGGCUCACCUCCCCAGCGGGCACAGAAACAAUUUGAGGCGGAGAACUUUUGAGGAAAAUGUAUGAGAGUUGACGGACCAGUGGACGGAAAGUGAGUGACCUAAAAAAAAUAUGAGUUGGUGAAGCCUUGUGUCCCUCUGAAUUGGCACGGGCAGUGAGGGUGUUGGCACCAUGAUGACGGACAGGAUGUGGAGUCGCCUGCACUCUCUGUACCAUAAGGUGGUGGGCGGGGCGGCCGGCCUCGCAGAGGCUGGGCAACAGCCCGAGGCACUGGGCAGGCAGAGGCUGCAGGAGUCUGUGGCGGUGAAGCUGAAGGGCAGAUGGUUUCACCCCAACGUCUCGGGCCUGGAGGCCGAGGUGCUGCUGAAGGAGCGGGGCAUCGAGGGCUCCUUUCUGGCCCGGCCCUCCAAGUCCAACCCAGGCGACUUUACUCUCUCCGUGCGACGGAAUGGAGAGGUGACACACAUCAAGAUUCAGAACAUGGGAGACUUCUAUGACCUGUAUGGCGGGGAGAAGUUUGCCACACUGGCUGAGCUGGUGCAGUUCUACAUGGAGAACCAAGGCCAGCUGAGGGAGAAGAACGGAGAGGUCAUAGAACUCAAGUACCCCCUCAACUGUGCUGACCCAACCACAGAGAGGUGGUUUCAUGGCCACUUGUCAGGGCGUGAGGCUGAGAAGCUGAUCCUUGACAAGGGGAAGAAUGGAAGCUUCCUGGUCCGGGAGUCACAGAGCAAGCCCGGAGACUAUGUCCUGUCUGUCCGCACCGACGACAAGGUCACCCACGUCAUGAUCAGAUGUGUGGAUAACAAGUAUGAUGUCGGAGGAGGAAGAAAGUUUGACACACUCAGUGAACUUGUGGAGCACUACCGGAAGAACCCGAUGGUGGAGCAGUCCGGCACGGUGGUUCCUCUCAAGAUGCCCUUCAAUGCCACCAGGAUCAAUGCCCGGGGCAUUGACAGCAGAGUGCGGGAACUCUCGAAGGAACACCAGGGGCCUGCCAUGGGAAAAGCUGGGUUUUGGGAGGAGUUUGAGUCCCUGCAGCAGCAAGAGUGCAAGCAACUCUACUCCCGGAAAGAAGGACAGAAGCCGGAAAACCGCAACAAAAAUCGCUACAAGAACAUCCUUCCAUUUGAUCACACCCGGGUCAUCCUGCGGGACACAGACCCGGGAAUACCUGGCUCAGACUACAUCAACGCUAACCUUAUAACGAGUGAAGAAGACCUGGGCAUCGAGGCGAAGACCUACAUAGCAACGCAAGGCUGCCUGCCGUCCACCCUGGCAGACUUCUGGUGGAUGGUGUGGCAGGAAAACACCCGAGUGAUUGUCAUGACUACCAAGGAGGUGGAGCGUGGCAAGAACAAGUGUGGGAGGUACUGGCCUGACGAGGGCUCCAGCAAAGACUACGGCCGCAUCACAGUUCGCAACAUUUCAGAAAGCUCAAACAACGAUUACAUUCUACGAGAGUUCCUGGUUGUCAAAGACAACAAAGAUAACCAGACGGAGAGAAAAAUAUUUCACUACCACUUUACAGCUUGGCCAGAUCAUGGUGUUCCAUCUGACCCUGGCUGUGUCCUCAACUUCCUCCAUGACGUCAACAAGCGUCAGGAGGACAUCCCGUCAGCCGGGCCGGUGGUGGUUCACUGCUCUGCCGGGAUUGGCCGUACUGGAACCUUCAUUGUCAUUGAUAUGAUUCUUGACCAGAUCAAAAGACAAGGUCUUGACUGUGAAAUUGAUAUCCAGCGAACCAUACAGAUGGUGAGGUCUCAGCGCUCAGGAAUGGUGCAGACUGAAGCACAGUACAAGUUUGUGUACCUGGCUGUGCAGCACCACAUAGAAACCGUUCAGCAGCGCAUUUCAGCAGAACAGAAGAGCCUGCAGCUGGGGAGGGAGUACACCAACAUCAAAUACAGCAGUGAGGCUGCUGGAGGAAUAGAAAUGGGGAAGUCCCUCUCAAGGUCCACCAUCUCGCUGCCCACCACCCCUUCCACCACACCGCGUGACCCCAAGCGGCCCAUGUCCACCGCCACUCUUCCCAAAACACAGUCUGAGAACCAUCUACCAAGGCCUCCUGAUGAACUCCCGAAGCAGAUCUAUGAAAAUGUUCCUCCGGCUGUGAAAGAGAAGAAGGCGAAAUCUGCAACCAUGUCCCCCACCACCCCCACCUCCCCCACCUUCCCAUCUCCCCCUAUGGGUUUCUCUGCAGCAGGAGCUGGACCCCCCUUUCCCGCCCCUGCUGCUGCCCCCCGUCCCUCCAUGCCACCCCGUGCCACUUGACAGGGGAGUUCAGAGUAGAAAGAGGAUCUCUUCAAAGACUUUUACUUGCAUUGCACAAGCUGUUUCUUUUUGCUUCCUAUGAGUCACCAUGUGGAAGAGCCUCCGGUAGGGGUGAAGUCCUUUGCCAGGUGUGUGAGUGGCCAACCACAUCUACAACUUUCUGCUCUGAACAAGGAUUGAGAACUCCCAGAGUUUAGGAUUAACCUUUUGUACAAAUAAAUAAAGGCUGGACCUAGAGACAAAACAUGGAAAGGAGAUACAGCUCUACUUUUGUUGAAAGAUGUGUUACCUUCAUUAAAACUGACGUCUCCUUUAACAUAAUGCACACUGAAUAGCUAAUUGACUGCAUUUCCCUAAUUUUGAAAUGAUAAUUGAUAAUUUUGACCUUGGGAGAGUACUGAAUGCAUUGGUAGCUAGAGUUUGAUGUCAAUUUUACCAGAGAUUGUAAUUAUACUUUUGAUUGACUAUUACUCCUGCAAUCUCUCGAAGGCAUGCUGCCGGGUGUGUGCCUGAGGCAGCUAAACAUAAAUCAAAUACUUCAACUUGACUGCAGAGAGGCAUUUUUAAGAUCAGUUACAUAUUACGUGAAACGUGUGUGUGCUUUACUGUAAAUCAUUAUAUCACAAUCAUUUCUGUACACAUUUCAUGUCAUUACAUGUAAUAGCAUUACAUUUGUGUGUCACUUUAUAUGUCUCGGGCUCGUUGUGGAGGGGUGUGAGGGCAAGGAAGGCUGACAGGCGCCCGUCAUGAGACUGUUGUGUGCAGAUAGUUCUGACAGAAUCACAGAGCAGGUCUAUACAGUUCAAAGAGGAUGGUAGUGUUGGUGUGGGUAUUAGUUUGUCUUUCAGGCUGUUAUUUUUUUAAGCUAAUUCAAGAAGAGCCAAAGAAGUGAACAUCAGGAGCGCUGGUUGCCCAAAGUGUAGGCUGGUGUAGGUACUGUAUCAACAGUGUGUCAAUGGUUUAUUUUCAUGAUUUAGGAAAUAUUCCUAAUAUAUCCAAAUGCCAGUAGCAUUGGACCAAAGUAAAUACCAAGAACUAUGGCAACUAUUUGCUGUCCAAGGUACUUUAUCUUCAUUGACUUGUAAAAAGAAAAUGUCGUCAUCUUUCCACCUCUACUUUAUCCUAAUGCAUCACAGCUGUCACAUUUGUACCUCUAAAUCUGAACUGUUGCUCAGAAUUCUGCCAAAGAUUCAACUGGACAAUUUAGUGACUUCCCAACAUUGUCUUGGUCAACCUCACAUGGAUGCCGCCGCAAAAGAUUUAUGGAUCCCCGCCUUGGUCAUCAUCAUUCAUUACUGAGCUUUCCCUAACCGAUUGUCUUAUCCUCUCAAGCUGAUGGCUCUUGUCUGCAUUUUAACAUUGAGUGACUGGAGUUGCACAAUUUGUUAUGGGUCUAGAGGAAGUUGGUGGGCUUCAUUGUCUCCCAAACUAAUAUUUCUCCACCAUCAAUUAGAUGCAACCUUCCAGACAGCCAUCCUUUCUUCUUUUUUUAACAUCCAGCUGUCCAUCUCUUCUACAUUAAUCCUAUCCAACUAACACUUUACUUUAAAUCUUAGUUGAAAGUUAAUUGGAAGUUUUGAUUGGUUGCUAAAUUAUCUUUCAUGGUUAGGCUGCUGGCUUUGUGUGUCAAUCCCUUGCCCCUUCAUGUGCUAACUAUAAAAGAGCCUUGCCCAUGUAUGGAGACAGUGUUGGGCUCCAGUCACACAGUUCUGAGCAGGGUUGAGUCUAAAGCUAUUUGCCUCUGCAAUUUUCUGUAGAAAUUCCCGUCUUCACAGUUAUGUAAUAUUUCUUUUUAUGCAGUCUUGAUAUGCUUUUGUAAUACUCUGAUUCUUUUGAACUUGCACACUACAAGCCUCACUCCUCCUGUGGCCUUAUGCUGUUCCUCUUACUAACACAAAAAUUAGUUAUUACCUUCAGUUUAUCCUUGUCACUGAUAAACUUUAGAAGUCUUUCUUCCUCUGUUUCCUCUCAUUUUCCCUGACUCAAGCCCUUUGAGGCAGGGAUAAGUAAGACAUUAUGAAAAUGAAGUUAACUUUUGAGUUUUGGAACUUUCUGUUUCUUUGCUGCAGGCAUUUGCUUGCUUUAGUCUUUUGACGGAAUCCUUACUCUGAAAAAGAAUAAACAAAAAAGUUUCCCAAACAGUUGAGACAUAUUCCAUAAGCCAUGACAACUAAUGAUAUACACACAAGCAAUGCCUACUAAUGAGGUGCAACCAGAAAUACAGCAAAGUAUUAUCUUAGAUUAUUUAUGUAACACUGGUUAGAAUUAUGCGUUAAGAGGUGGGUUUGCCUGUGGACUACAAGCGUGGUAGAUCAGUGGUGGGCUGUGAGCACCAUCAGUGAUUUGGGUGACGGGACGGAGAAUGAUAUCCACAUAUCAUUUAGGAAUAUGUUAUCAUUUGCACAACAUUAAUGUCGAUAAAAGCAUAAGCACAAUACUAUCAAUAAGUGUCCAAAUAAAUAUUAAUAUACAAAUAAAUAUAUGGUAAAUAAUUAUUACAGUAUAAAUAAAAUCCUAUGUAAAAUGCUAUUAGUGCACACCUGUCAUGGAACAAGAUUGAAAUUGACAUCAGUGUGUGAGUGUGUGCACUGAACCCCUUUGGAGGCUGUGUUGGACACCACUUGCUGCCACUUUCUUGCUGACUUAAUACAAACAUUGACACUCCCACAUUUUGUUUCAAUAUAAUUAAUAAAACAGUUGGAAAUAUUACCUUAAAUAGUUAUUUAUUAGAAAGUCAGUCAUUACAAAUCUGUGUGGCAACUUGGUCAUGUUACACUUUUUCAUGCAAAUUUAAGUAUGGUGAUGUGCUCACACAUGCAUAACAGUAAAUACAUGUAUAAUAAUGACUACACUGCAAAAUAUGAAUAAAAUCACCACCACCAAGUGGGGGCCAAUGCCCACCAAGAGACCUCUGUGUCAGGCACACACACAUACUCCACGAGCCGCUCAUUCCCGCCACUGGUGUGUGUUCCUUCGUGGGUUCAAGGUCACCAUGAGCACAUGUUUGUAAAGUGAUAGAGUGAUAAUGGAAUUUUCAACUUGAUUCAUUGUGAUUUAAAUCCAUUACAAACAUUCAUUGCAAUGCCAUUACAUGUAAUGCAUUUUUUACAUCUCUGCUUAAAGAACCAAUGCUUCUCAAUGUCACUUUUCAUGACUUCACUUUUAUUUACUGAUGCUUAUACAUUCCAAAAUAAGAAUAUGGGCUCUGUUGUUUAAUAUACUCUAGUGAGAUGAGUUUUUCUCUGAAUGUAAUUUAAGGGAUUUUAAAUUUUGAUUCCUGUAAUAUCAAUUCAGUAAAAUGUAUUCCCAAGGAAUGCCUUAAAUCUUGCAGACACAUUCACUUGCCACUCGUACAUGAAGUCCUCACCUUCUUCAGGCAAAGUAGGAGUCCUGCGUCAAGUACAGGUUGAGUUAGACAUUGGCGUCUCUAUAGUGGCAAGAUGAUCAUUGUCUGAGUGAGUUCAUUAAUUUGAAUGCAACUGGACUUCCAAAUACAUACACACACACACACACACACACACACACACACAUUUUAUUAUAUAUUAUACUGUAUAUCUAUAUAUAUUUAUAUGGGAGGUGGUGGCCCGCUGCUACAAUUAAGCUGGCAGUUUUCAGCCAUUGCUGAGUUGCCUAAGACCUCCCACAUGCUGUCCUGAAGAUCAUCUAUCAACCCGGACUCUUGGUUCUCUCUAAAAAGAGGAUCAAAGAUGAGCUCUGGGGAGCAGCAUGAGCCAGGCAAGAUGGAGCCACUAUAAACACUUGACUGCACCAUAGUAGGCAGGGGCCAACCACCAGACCUCUCCAAGAAAGCCUACUGAUGCCAUAGGUGAAACAGAAAAAAACCCCUGAAUAUACAUGCAUACAUACAUACAUACAUACAGACUUCACUUUGUGACUGGCUCACAGUGAAAUUCAUGAUAGGCAUUCAAUAAGUUACGUAGGACCUAUCAAUAUAUCGGUGAAAUUAAGGCCCAACAAUAGUGAUUUAGACCCUGAUUGUAACUUUGACUGAAUUUUGACUUUUUGAGCUAAGAGCUGAGGGAUUGUGUACAGAGUCCUGGGUCAAGAGGUGUGUGUGAGGGAGCCUCUGUUCCUCCCUGGUCAUGGGGGCUGCUGAAUGACCAGGUUCUACAAAUAUAUUGCUUUGAUAUCCUUGCUAUUACUGUUCCUGCUAUCACUGACCUCCUCUCCACUCUGUUGAUGGAUACUUUUCUGAUUCAGCAUUUUUCUCAUUUCACUUAAUUAAUUCUAAAUCUUUCCAUGACAAUUGCUUGAAUCCAGUGUUAGAAAUUACAGUAGGAAAUCUUGUGAAAUUUUUGAACUGCUCAGCUAUGUCUAAAUAAGGUGAAACAUUUAUUUUUUAAAUUUAAUGCAUUUCCAUCCCCAAUAAUCUUGCUCAUCUUUAGUCUAAGAUCAGGUUUCCACUUCAAGGGUGAGAGGCAGGCUGCUGGUUCAAGGUCACUGUACAUCAUAGGUUACUCACUCUAUGUUUCAUGGCUUCUGUAGAGCUGAGUAUCAUUAGAACAGUUAACUGCACUGUGUUUUUAUGGUGCAUGGUUUAAAGUGCAACUGUGCGCUAAAAUUUUCUGGUUGUUUAUCGUGUGCCAAAUAUUGUAACUCGUGCUGUUGUACUGCUGUGCUUAUGUGUGUUGUGCUCUUUACAAACUGCAAUUACACUGUGGUGUUUCACCUUGCUAUUGGGGGAGUAGCCCACCUUUACUUUGUAAGUUUCUCACCUUCUUUUUGUUUGCUCCUAUUGACUAUAAGCUUUCUUUGGCACAUGUGUGAGGAGUAACUCUUAGCUUGUCUUACCUUGCCAUCUUGCUCAUCAAGUGUUUGAAUGUUUUGCUUGGGGAAAAGCAAUUAAAAUAUUUGUAUACUAGAUCUCAUUAAUGGACAGAUUAUUGUGUUUGAUCUCCAGUUGUAAUUUACUGGACUUAGGUGUACUUUGGUGUCAUGCAGUACUACUACAUAAUAUUGUAUCUGACUCUUAGGGAAAUUAUUGGUGACGGACAUCGACCAAUGGAUUAAGUGUAGUGUUCUCAGUUGUCGUGUGGAGUAACUUCUGUAUUUCCUGCCUAGCAAUGGGUAGGCAGCGGUGGCAGGGCAGGCACAGUCCGGCAGCCGCAUGCCUGACAUUGUUGACUCACUUUCAAGUAAUAUCAAAUAAUUGCUCUCUUCUCAACAAUCUCUUUCAGUUCUCUUAUGUUAUCUAAGUUCAUAGUCUUAUACUUUCAGGUCAAUACUUCCAUAGUGUUUCAUGACAUUAUAUCAAUAGGUUAAAAUAACUGAACUGCAUUAUUUUACAAACACAAAGAAGUAUGUAUCACCUAAAAUUAAUGUGUUUAUAAGAUUACAGAAGUGAAUGAUUGUGACAUUUCACUUAGGUCUGUUAAUUCUCAUCUUCUCUCAUCACACACAAACCAUAAGCAGACAUUAUCCUUCCUCAUUCUAGUGCCCGUGAUUUCUGAAAGGUAACUGCAUGAGUAAGUGUGUAUUAUUAUACUUUCAGAAAUAUGAUUGUUGAAUACAUACAUGAACAUAUACAUACACAAGUGAAGGAACAUCUAUAGUGCAUGUGUGGUGGCGAGUAAAAUCUCUCUCAAGGCAAGUCAAGUCAAAUUUCAAUUAGCGCUGUUGUACAACGACAGUACUUCACAUUGGAUAAAGCAAGCACAAGUUAGGUCAGCUAUACAUUUCCUUCAACUCCAUGAAUUUGUCACUGCCUUAUGACCAUCACAAUAGAUGGUCUUCUAAAUAUUAAAGUCUGGUGUAGCAUGCGAGUGGUGAUCAGUAUUGGUGUGUUUCUUCUCUAAUUAGUUUGUAUUACUUGCAUGACUUGUGCUAUACUACUGAACCUUGCUAAUGGAAAUGUUGGGUCUUUCACACGAAGAAUAAAUCUAGGAAGGUCUCAUUGUAAAUAAAAUUAUCACUAGCCUGGAGAAAAUAAGUCAUUAAGGUAUUUUCAGAAGCAAUGUCAAUGACAAAGGAACAUUAUCUGAAAGUAGAAUCAAACUUUGGUAGUGGGAGGAGCGAUGAGACGGUCCGACCCGAGGCUGAGGGUCCUGCGGGAGGGAAUGUGUUGUCCCAGUACCAGAAACUAUGUAGCAGGGAUAAAAUAAGACAAAAUGACUACUGUCUGUUAAAGUAUGUAUAGAUAUAUUCUACAGUUAUUUUAUCUGGUUUAUUUCACCUAGAAUCACUCAUUUGUGUCUUCUUGUGUUUUAUCUGUACCCUCGUGACAUGCAACUGAAAUAUUCAGUGGAUGUUUUAAUGCUUUCUGCUCUAUAAAAACUCCCUGUUUACUGUUCUAAAAUAAAAAGUAUAUAUACUUUA